CAGUCACUUAAGAUACCUCUCGGCAUAAGAUUUAUAGGCGUAGUGAUUGGCUUCAUCACCCCCCUCCACCAUUCUGCGGCACUGCCAUUUGCAAUGGUUGAUGAGCCCCUCCGCCCUCCCAAACAUGGCCGUCUAAGGGAUUGGGGGUGGGGGAAAGGGAGGAAAGAAGGGUGGGUGGCGUAAGGCACGCUGCCUCAGAUCACUCCUCCUCCACCCACCUCCUUCAUCAUCUGCUUGUGCUAGCCGUACACCUCUUCAGCCACUGUUGAAGGUCACUCCACAUGCCUGCCCGCUUGCCGCUGAAGCCCGCUCCCCCAGCCACUUCACCUUUGUAACUUGCCACUAAAAAAAGUGAGUGAAUGGACUGCCAUACUUUAUAGUGCUGCGUCAAAAGAGGCGGAGUGGAGAAGAAAAUUCAAUUUUUUGGGGACCGGCAUCGGGGGGGGUGGGGACGUGACGUGCUGGAGGGAGGAGGCCACCCAUUGGCCGAGAACGUUGUCAGUCCUGCGCGCUGCUGCAGACGGACAGGCCACUCGAUGAAUAUGGAUGAGAGCAGUGAAAAGGGUGAUGCGGCAGGGAAGACCCCCCCCCCCUUCAAACCGAUGCAGGCUUGAACAAUGCGUGCCGUCUUUCACUGAAAACACUGAGAGCCUGCAUUAGCAUUUUCUCAGACAAUUGAGGCUCUGGCCAGCUGCAGGCAUGGCUUGGAUGCUGCGGUGAAAUCUCUUUUUCUGCGCCCACCGAUAAAUUAGAACGGCGGCGGAAAAGUCGACUGGCCGCAUUCCUCAACACUACCAUUGCACCUAUGCCUAGGCUAACGUUCAGAUCCUCUUCAGAGAUUGUGCCCCGGCAUUGAUGGCGAUCUGACAGAGGACUUGAGAAGCAGCAGAUCUCAGAAUGGAGGAGGGCGAGUACUUCCUGAAGGUGCUGAUCCCCAGCUAUGCAGCCGGCUCUAUAAUUGGCAAGGGCGGCCAGACCAUCGUACAACUGCAGAAAGAGACGGGUGCCACCAUUAAGCUGUCCAAAUCCAAAGACUUCUACCCAGGAACAACAGAACGCGUCUGUCUGAUACAGGGUACAGUCGAGGCCCUCAAUGGUGUCCACAACUUCAUCGCGGAGAAAGUCCGCGAGAUGCCCCAGAGUGCCCAGAAACCCGAGCCGGUCAGCAUACUGCAGCCGCAGACCACCGUCAACCCAGACCGUGUCAAACAGGCCAAAUUGAUCGUGCCCAAUAGCACAGCUGGGCUGAUCAUUGGCAAGGGCGGAGCCACGGUCAAAGCGGUGAUGGAGCAGUCAGGGGCCUGGGUGCAGCUCUCCCAGAAGCCAGAGGGCAUCAACCUGCAGGAGCGGGUGGUGACCAUCAGUGGGGAGCCUGAACAGAACCGCAAGGCCGUGGAGAUUAUAGUGCAGAAGAUCCAGGAAGACCCUCAGAGCAGCAGCUGCCUCAACAUCAGCUAUUCCAACGUCUCGGGCCCAGUGGCCAACUCCAACCCCACCGGCUCCCCAUACGCCAAUACGGCCGAGGUGCUGCCCAAUGCAGCCGCAGCAGCCGCCACCGCCUCCAGCCUUCUGGGCCAGGCCGGCUUGACAGGAAUGGGCGCCUUCCCCGCCACCAUGUCCAGCUUCUCUGGCAACGAUCUGCUGGCCAUCACCUCGGCCCUCAACACGCUGGCCAGCUACGGCUACAACACUAACACCCUAGGUCUGGGCCUCAACCCUGCAGCUGCCUCUGGGGUCCUCGCUGCAGUAGCAGCUAGUGCCAACCCGGCUGCUGCCGCCGCAGCCAACCUACUGGCCUCCUACGCUAGCGAUGUCUCCGGAGGUGCUGGCCACCAUGCUGCGAGCCUCGGGGGGUUCUCGCUGGGUUCUCUAGCAGCUGCUACAGGGGCUUCCAAUGGUUACCUAAAUGCUUCAUCCCCACUGAUGGCCUCCUCCCUAUUGGCAACAGAGAAGUUGGGGGACGGGGCCAAGGACGUGGUUGAGAUCGCUGUGCCCGAGAAUCUGGUUGGUGCCAUUUUGGGGAAAGGAGGGAAAACGCUGGUGGAGUACCAGGAGCUAACGGGAGCCCGCAUCCAGAUCUCCAAAAAGGGAGAGUUCAUUCCUGGUACUCGGAACCGUAAAGUUACCAUAACAGGGUCGCCAGCCGCUACGCAAGCAGCACAGUAUCUGAUCAGCCAACGGAUCACUUACGAGCAAGGCGUGCGCGCUACCAACCCACAAAAGGUGGGCUAAAAGGAAAAAGAAGAGGAAAGAAGGAAAGGAUGAAGACAGAGAUAGAAGGGAAUUGAGAGGGUCACGAUGAAUAGAAAAAAGAAACGUCCAAAUAUCUGUUCAAUAUUUCCGUAUCAAAUGAAAGAAUCACAAAAGGAGGAGGUGGGGGAGACAACCAAGAUAAGUGUGUGUGAUAUGUGAAUGUGUUUUUAGGACUGACGUCCUGAUGUUUUUUAAAAGUUUGUGUCGAGUCCUUUUGACGAUGGUGAUCAGAGUAAGCUGAACUGGUCCACUGCCAAGCUGCAGAUUCAAGGGUGAGGCCGCAGGGUUUCACCCUCCUCCAAAACCUCAUAGCUGUUUUAUUUUGUUGUUUUGUUUGGGUUUUUGCUGGUUUUAAUUUCAGUUGCGAACCUCAGCUCCCGGUGAGUUGAGUGAGUUGGAUGAAGCUCCAGCCAGCUGAAAGAGCUGUUUUACAAACCUUGCUCUUUGUGUACAAUGCAGAAGGCGUUGUGAACAGGGGUGAGGUUUUAUGACAAGCACCUGAGGUAAUCUCCGUCUACGGGGAAGCAAUCUGCGCAUAAUUUCUUUAAAGAAGUCAUAUCUAUGUUGACGUCUGUCGAAUUCUGGCUCAUAUCAUAAUUGAAGUUUCUAAAUUUGGGUAUUUUAUAUUUCCAUCCUUUAUUUAUUGACAUUGUCUCAUUCAAACACAAAUAGAUAAUUUAAACCUGUGAAUGCAGGUUGAUCUGAAUGUAAAAACAAUAUUAGCCUAUCGCUAUUUUUUAUUUACAGGGAUCAAAUAUUGUGUUGCAGUGAAAGAAAUGUAUAACUUAAAAAAAAAAAAAAAACCCAGCCUGGACUUCACUGCUGCUGAGUAUAGUUCAGGGGUUGAAUAAUCAAUGUGAGAUGAUAGAGGAGACACACAGGAAUGUAUGAAUAUAUAUUUUACACAAAACACAUCCUCGAUGAUGCUCCCACAAAACACGGAAGCACAUUUGCAUAUUCAGUCACAGCUACAAACAUGGAAAUAUGUCGUUUAACCCUUUCUUGGUGCUAUAGGAUAGGUUUAUAUCUCCUUAUACCAUGAAAUCAGAACCCCUCUGGCGGCUAUUAAACUAAAAAAAACUGAUGUGUCGUCCAGCUGUUAGCAGCCCAUUGGAUCUCACCCAGCCUCUCACCUAAUAAAAAAGGAUUGAUUUCAGCCUGUCACAACGAAAAGCAAUCCAGUCUUAAUAUCUCAAGUCUAUCCUUGCUCCCAAUGCAGGUUUUUUAUUUUCUUAAUCUUCUAAAAAAUUGGCCAUACUCUACAUUUUCCCUGACAAUACGUUUGCCUUAGUCACACAUUUCCCAAGAAUUAACUUAAAGCUCAGACUACCUUGAAGCAGUGUCUCACAGGUUCAGUCGGCACUACAAACGCGUUUUGAUAAGAAAAGCUGUAUGAACCAAUAUCUGUGAACAAAGAAACGAAUGCCUUUACAUUAAGGGUACCAAAUAGUCAUGACACACACACACACACACACACACACACACACACACACACACUAAUGAAAGGAAAGUAGAAUGACACUUGAAAAGAAGGGUUUGGCCUCACUUUUUUUUCUGGGAGCCAUCCAUCCCAAUUUGCAUCAAGAGAAAACAAAAAAAAAGCUUCAGUUCAUCCAGGCAGCCUGUUAUUGUCCCCAAAAACACGUUAGCGCUCACUAACUGCAGGCGUAUUCGAACGUCGCACAGUGUUUGGGCAUCGUUGUCUUUUUAUGGGCAACUGUCGGUCUAAUGCAGGGAGGCUAAUUCUCCAGAGCAUUUCCCCGAGCACUCGAAGAUUACCUUGGCUUCCUUCUGUGCUGCUAUUCAUGGUGUUCAUCCUGAGUACACUGGGUCUCUGAAGACUGCACUGUGAGACAUUAAGAACACAAUGUAAAGCGUGUCUGUCCCCCACUGGGACAUGAGUAUAUUUCAAUGUGCACAUCUAUGUCACGUAAACCAGACCCCACCAAUACCCACAGACGGGAUAUAUUAUAUUAUCUACAAGAGCAUUUAUACUCCAGCGUCUUGUGAUGUUUCUGUUUACCAGUACCAAUGCACUGCGCUUCAAUUAGCGGGCCGUUGUGUUUUUUUCCCCGAUCAGCGAAUCACAAAUUAUUCCCACCGCACUUUCCUGUUACGUCCCGGCUCUAAAGACAUCUUUCAAUUGUCCCCAUCAACCCAAGCUCUAUGACCAGCUUCCUGAAUUCACGGUUGUGAGGGUUAGUGCUGAGUAGUGUCCCAAGAAAUUCAGAAGCUCUCUUGUUUGUGUUGUUUUUUUAGGGGGGAAAUUUAACUCGUAGCCUUUUUCAUUUUCAUCAUUCACGUUUGAAGGUAAAUUGAACCUUUGUGUGCAAACAUUGCAACAGUCAGCCUUUACCUACUACACUGAAACCUCUCCUUUCACCACGCGUCCUGGAAGACUUUCAUGCUCAUACAUAACUACAAUCUGGCCACUAGUGAAAUCAUAGCGUACGGAUAACUUUUUACUGCCCAGGAUAUUUAGCAUAUAAUAAGAUACAAGCACAAAACAAGGGGAUGUUUUAUCAAUGCAACUGGACUGCUUGACUGCAAGGGGGACUCUCUGAUCAUGACAUUGUGCCAAAUGCUAUUUCUCUUCGCCCUCACAUUGACGUUCCUCUCUCUCUCGACAUUCUUAUUCCCCCCUGCAUGUUGCUGUUUCUCGCCGAUCCAAGACUCCUCCCACGUCCCGAUCUGUCUGUGCUUCUUCCUACACUGUGCUCUCCCCCUGUUCCUCCCCCCCCCCAACGUCUUGUCUUCUCAUGGGUGGCACGCUGGCGGUGGGAGUUAUGCACUAUAGGUCAUAAGGGUAUGAAAAUAUUUCCCCAAGCCGUAGAGUUCACAAGGCUAAAAAUGCACAGAAAACACCUGCCUCCGAAACUGUGACGCCCACAAGACCAACCAGCAAACGUUAGCUCAAAGUAUCAAAUUCCCUCGAUAGAAGAAGAACAAGCGUUUAGAUCGUGAACUAUGGCCUUUUAAGGGAAGAGAAAGUGUUGUUGUUUUUUCUCUUCCACAAGAAGGCAAAUCUUGCUCGAUUAGAUAUUCACACGUCGGCUGAACAAACUGACCUCCAGUUUCCAGCCUCUCUAAACAAAGCGCAGUAAGGAACGGAACGCAUAAGAUGGCGCGAGCAAGGCGGGAAACGUGUUUGUGACCUCAAGCCGAAAACAAUGACAUCCUUUAUGCAUAUCCUCUUAUCUGAAAAAUGACUAGAAUUCAUUUCUGUGGAAAUACAAUAUGUCAUGUCAUAUGAUCUAUAUGUACUUUAUUGUAGCUAUUCUAGUUUGUAGUCCAAAUGCAGUCCAGCGUUGUCGAUACAAUGUGAACUAUGUUAUAUUUGUGUGGAUGAUGAGAGUGCCAACUAAGCCUGAUUAAGAUUAGCUUUGCGAUUUGUUUGUGCAUUAUGAUGACUCAUCAUCAACCGGUGGUGUCCAUAUUUCUGUCAUUGAUGAUUUAGUUUGACAGUAAGAAAAUGUAAAGAAUAUUGGAAGCAAUAUAGUAGCAUGUUGUCCUGUUUUGUGUUCUAUGUCUGUUGUAUGAACCUUUGAAAUUACUAAGAUUUUGAAUGAAUAGGUUUACAUGUACUUUUUGUAAGUUAUGAAAAUGCUGCUAUUUGAUAAGUAAACUAUACAAAAAUAUUUUAGUUGAAAAGAUGUCUGGUCUGUUGAUUAGAAACAUGCUCUAAAAGGCUGGAGCAUAAAACGAGGUGUAUAGAAUGCUAUACAGUAUUGGUAAGAUAGUAAAAGUAAUAAUAGACUCCAUAGUACAACCUGUGCCAAACUAGACCUCCGCAGCUUCUGAAAAUUGUAGAUGUGCGAUCAAAUGUUAGAUAUCAAUAACUUGUUUAGAAGUGCUGAUCAAGUGCCAAUCAAACACCGUCUUUUAAGUUAAGAAAAAGAUAAUCAAAUACAUGACUUAAGAAAAACAAAGGACAAAGAACUUUUUUGUGCAUUGUUUUAUCCCAUAGGUACAUAGAGUAAGAGUUAAAGAUUGUGAUUUUUAUGGAUCCAUGUUGUUUUACACUCCAUGCAUCCCUUGUGUGUUUGUUUGACCUGUGGCUUAAGUACUGCUGUCUCACAAAAUGUCUCUAUAGGCCAGCAUGGACUAAAGCAUAACAUGUUAUAAGCAUUCAUAACAUACCAUUAACAAUCAAAAAUGUGUUUGUGGAGUUAGGUGUUAUCUUUUUGCACGUCUUCUAUUGCAUGGUAUCAAAGUAAAUUAUGAGGAAAAAAAAAAAAAGCUACAAAAAUCUGCGAGGUGUCUCUCGCAAAACGUUCAAAGACAUAACGCUGCAUGCGGUCAAAUGUAAAGCACUUAAGUUUACUCGCCUCAUGUUAAAAAAAAAAAAGAAAGAGUUGUUUUUUAUGUUGUGAGUUGGGAGGGAGCUCAUUAUCGUCAUGUUGGCCGGAAAAAAAAGACACACACAUCUCAGAUCAAAUUCUAAUCAAUCCAGUUCAUGUCUCAGCACAUCAUCAGAGAAGAUAUUUUUGAUUUUCAGGUACAGUGAGGAGUAUUAAAAAUGUGAAACAAGCAAACGUGAAAAUGUUAUUCAGUGCAUUGGCUCCUUGUGUUGUCUUUUUAGGAUAUCGGGCAUGCAUUUCUUUUUACAAACAGGUUGAACCUCAUUGAACCUGUCCCAUAAUGUUUUUUGGAUUCUUGUCACAGCUUGAAAGCCCAGAUCUAAUCUAUGAAUGUACCCAUUUACUCUUUUUUUUCCUGUCGAAUGUUAUAUCAGUCUUUCAUGUAAAUUCAGGGCAGGAAUGUCAAAUACAUGUAGAGUUAAUAUCUAUGUCAAUAACAGAUUUCAGCUAUAGUCAGGUAGGCCUCACGCGGCCACAGUCAUGAUCCAGAUAUGUUUUUAACACAACUUCCGAUUCGCUGUCAACAUUAUCUUGUUUGUUUGGUGUUGCAUAAAUGCACUUUACUGAUCAGUGGGGUCAUAUUGGGUGUGAAAUGAAGCAAACCAUGUAGGCUUUCAACAGAUUUUUCUUCUUUAUUGUCAUUCUUUUUCGCUCUGAUGUUACUUUUAUUUAUUAAGUCCCUUAUACUGUAUAUGGUCUCAUGAAUGAUGGAAAGGGCUGGAGUCUCAGACAAUAUAGAAAAGUAGCACCUGUUUUCUCACUCGAAGGCAUCUCCUUCACAUUCCCUUCAGCAGAGGUUUGUGUCAAUCACUGAGUGCUUUGUUUUUAACCAACGUGUGAAACCAGGAGGGGGAUCUGUACACUUUUGGCCCUUUUGUGUCCUCUUUUGCUUUAAAUUACAAAUUUAGAAAGAUGGUUUUCAUUUCUCCAGCAAAUUGAGAUUGGGCUGAAGGCACUGAGGGCAACCCUGUCUCCUACAAAGUUAUGUUCCCAUACAACUAAACUGCGCUCACAAUCACGUUGAGAGAGAAACUCGUUUUCUCCAGGAUUACGGUUGCCGUUUAAAAUGGUUUGGAAAACUUUUAAACGUCGUAAAUUGAAACAUACCAAAAACAAUGCUACGAACAGACUUCGUUUGGUUUGGGCAACAAAAGUACUUGAUUUGGUUUCGUAAAAAACAUCACGGUUUGCCUUAAAAUGACUACCAAACUGAAACAAAACCAAAAACUACUUGAUUUGAUUUAGUAAAAACAUUAUAUUUGGGCUUGAAAUGACUAUGAAAUUGACAACAAAAGUAUGUAGUUCACAUUUGACACAAAGAGCAUUCUGGGAGAAUGUUUGUUUGUCCCUUUCACCACCUACAUCUCCUCCCUCUGAGGACUUACGCCGACUCAUUUGAAACUUAUUUGUGAUACGUCAAAAGCAAUCGUGAUCCACAACAAUCUACGUAUUUCACUCUGCAGUUUUGUUGUAUGGAAGCGUACCUUUUAAGACAGGCCUGAUGCACGCUCAAAGUCUGGCUGAUGUUACAGUCGGAUCUGAGAGACACCAUCGGCACCAGCAAAAUGCAGAUUGUCUCUGCCACCUCGACGUGAUACAAAGGGAACCUAUUCGGCUUUGAGUGGUAAAGGCCUGGUUAAUGUCAAUUGAUGUUUCUCCUGUUAUUUUGUGUCACAGACCCCUGUCGUUGCAUUUACUGCUUCACAUCUGAAUGCUAAUUGAACUCCAGUAUCAUUCCAAAACUUGUUGUGUUUGUUUUUAUUCUCACUCCAAAUGUGUCCUGGACGUUCAUCCGCCCCCACGGAGCCCUUUCACGAGAAGGCUAGGACUGGUUUUUAAAACACUUCAAACUGACUCGGACUGCUCGCUCCUCUCUUAAAAAGCCUCUUCUCCCUGAGUGUCACUCUCUCAGCCUACACGACGUCACGAUUUGUGUUCCGUUACACCGAGCACCUGCUGCUGUGUCCACCCUUUAAAACGGAUUAAGGUAUUUCUGAGCCCUUUCGUCUGAGAAAAUGCGGGAUUCUUUGCCAACCUGACAUGAGGCCAUUUUUGUCUUUGACCCUCUGAACCUCCCAUGAACUUAGUUGACCUUCUCCAUCCACGAGAACUCAUUCAUGUAUGUGUUGGAUAUUUGACACCAUUUUAUCUGUCAAACUCUGCGAGACUGUUCUUUUCUUUCCUUAUCUGGACAAUUCUGCAGGGGUUGAACGCUUGCUUCAGUGAAAACUGAAGGGAGCAUGCCAAUACCUUGCAACCAUUUCCACAUCAUUGUACAUUUUUUUUUCCGGGUUUUGUUUUUUUACUUCGUUUAACCUCUGUUCCUUCCAUUUCAGAGAAGAAAAAAAAUGGACUGACAGCAUAAGAUCAAAUAUUCCAACCUAAGAAAAAGUGAUGUUUUCUUGUUGAUUGGGUACAUUUCUCUUGGAUGUUAGCGACUACAGUUCUGUCUUUCGUUUGUGACGAGGAGAAUCUGUCAAAGUCCACAGUGUUAACUACCUAAAGGGCUUUCUAGGACAGCAUUUAUAUGUCUUUUAAAAUGAAAGUAUUCAGAGAUGAGAGGAAAACGUCUUUUUGUGCCAUUUUAGAAAAAAAAAAGAAAAAAAAAGUGUGACAGCUUUUUAUGGCAAAUAUUUGUCAGCGAGAGUGCCAAAUAAUUCCAUACUGAGCCAAAAGGCAGCCAGCCUACAUAACUAAAUGUUAGAUCACUGGAAUGGUUUUGUCCCAUUUCCACUCCCCUUGAAAAACAUCACCCUAAUUGUACAACGUUUGAGCUCAUGUACCAUUAUUGUUAUGCUGCCAGUCUGUUUUCUGCUUUUGUCAGAGAAACAUCUCAGAAGCAGUAUAUUUUCUAAAUGACACAGUGUUGGUAAAAAAAAAGAGACAACAGCUACUAUGGUGAGGAAAAUGAGCGGAUUUUAAAAGUGUCAUUGUUUUUAUUAUUAGUUUAUUUGAACAUUAUUCAUUAAUAGAUUUAACGGUAAUGACUAUUUAAUGUAACUGUAGUACUGUGUUUGUAAAAGAAAUUCAGUGAGUUGUGUUUUAUGACUCGUGGACUACCAGUGAAGUCAGCAUUUCAGUGUUAAUAAUUGAAUUGUUUUUUAAAGAUUAUUUUUGCGACGGCAACAAAGAGUCAUUAUAAAUGUUCAUUUUAACAUCA